UUAGCGCUCGUGCUCUCGCGCGACCGCCCUCCGCGUGGUGAAGAAGCUGCAAAUUUUAACCCGACUCGUCGAUCAUUUGUCCUCAUUUCUUUUUUUUUCUCCUCCCCCCUCCCGCCGGUCGAUGAGACAAAGAGGGCAGCGAGAUACGAGAGGGGUACGGCAGCUGUGGUGAUGUGGUGUUUCAGGGCUCAUCCUUCAUUUCGCAGGUCAUUCCUCUAACUUGAGGCUGUCGACACUCGCCGCCGCUGUUCGGCUUGGGGCAUGGGAAUGCUGGGAAGCCACUUUAACGGACCUGAAGUCAUGAGACUCCACCAGAGCGCUUUCGUUUCCCGGAGCAAUGAGCCCCUAGGAGCCUAAACGUCUUGUCAAAGCCUCAGGCUUCUAAAGAAACGGGCCCGGCUCUACCAUCCUGCCCCUCUAACGUCCAACUGUGUCCCAACACUGCUAUGACCUUUCCCCGCUGUGCCCAACCAAUGGAGAGUGCACGCCCACCCAGAUAGGAUGCCUGCCUUGCCCAACGCCCUGCAUCCCCUCCUGCCCAUCACCACCUCCUCCUUCUCCUCGCGUGUACCUGCUCUUGCCAACAGUUCCUUGAGGCGCCCGAGGCUCCGCCCUGCCCCACUCCAACAUGGUGGAUGAGGUAACCACCAUGAAGGAUGACGUCAUCAACGCCAACACGCUGGCUUGGCUGGUCUGCUCGGGCGUGUCCAUCCUGGCCAACACUUGGAGCAUCCUUAGUGUCAGUGCCAAGCAGAAAAAGUGGAAGCCGCUGGAGUUCCUUAUCUGCACGCUGGCGGGCACGCACAUCCUCAACAUGGCCAUCCCCAUCACCAUGUACUGUGUCAUAACGCUGCGCCGUCGGCACUCCAACUACGAGUGGAAUGAGGGUCUGUGCAAGGUGUUUGUCUCCACCUUCUACACUCUCACUUUGGUCACCUGCUUCUCUGUCACCUCGCUCUCUUAUCACCGCAUGUGGAUGGUACGCUGGCCUGUAAACUACAGGUUGAGUAACACCAAGAAGCAAGCGGUACACACAGUGAUGGGCAUCUGGAUGGUCUCCUUCAUCCUUUCCACGCUUCCGGCAGUGGGCUGGCAUGACACCAUCAACCGCUUCUACACGUCUGACUGCAGAUUCAUUGUGACAGAGAUUGGCCUGGGCUUUGGCGUGUGCUUUCUGCUGCUGAUCGGUGGCAGCGUGGCCAUGGGUGUGAUCUGCAUUGGCAUUGCUCUCUUCCAGACCUUCUCCAUUCAGGCAGGCCACAAUGCAGACAAGAACAAAUUCAAUGUCCCCACCAUAGUUGUUGAGGAUGCCCAGGGGAAGCGCAGAUCAUCCAUUGAUGGAUCGGAGCCGCUAAAGACAUCGCUGCAGAUCACCUACCUGAUCAGUGGUAUCGUCUUCAUCUACGACUUUCUGACUGGCUUCCCCAUACUGGUGGUGAGCUUUGCCAGUCUGAAGUUCGACCGCUCCUACAACUGGAUGGUGUUGUGUGUGCUGUGGUGCUCCAUUGCCCAGUCCAUCCUCCUGCCCAUGUUCCUCUGGGCUUGUGACCGCUACCGGGCUGACAUCCGCAUGGUGUGGGAGAAGUGUGUUGCCAUCAUGUCCAAUGACGACGUGGAUGAGGAAAACAGCCAAGAUGGAGGAAUUCAUGCCGACUUAAUAUAUGACAGACCAUAUGACUAUAGCUCGGCGCCUGAAAUCGUGACGGUAGACCGUAAUGCCAAGUAUGAGUUCUCAACCUUAGAAAGGGGGGUUCUGCAAGGGUAUCCAUUGAGGGAACAACAGGAAGAUAAAAUGCAGUAUUUGCAGGUGCCCCCUACAAGAAGAUACUCCCACGACGAAACCGACAUGUGGACCAGCGACCGGAUCCCCUCAUACCUUCACCGAUGGGGCUCCACCGAGGACAUGAUAGUGAGUGCCCACUACAGCUCCACCUUGCCGCGCCACGAGAGGCGCAGGAGCAGCCUAGUCUCCUACCACGAGGAGAGCCACCAUCACCAUCACCCACAUCGCAAGCGGCGACGCUCUGAGGAUAGUAUGCACUCCCUCAAGCACUUACCACGAGUGGUUUGUGGCGGGGAGCGCUAUGAGGACGAACUGCGGUGUUUCAGCCGCGAUGAGGUGAUCAACUUUAUAGAUGAGACGCCGCUGCCGAGCCCCAGGAAGAGCCCGCGGCGCACAUCAACCAUCUCACUUAUCCCCAAUGUGUAUGAACAGCACACAGUCAUCCUUCCUCACUUCCCGCUCACAGACUUUGAGCGCGAACCUCAAGUGCUCAGGCGGCUCGCAGAACACAAAAGGAGCAGUAGUCGGGGCAACUCGCCUGAGAGUUCCCCCAAACCAGACAGACCAGGGGGAAAGAAGAGCCUCGCGGCUUGUGGCUCUGGUAAAGGUUACCGGGAACGCCUGCGAGACGGGAAAGAGCAGGUUGAAGUGGCCUCACCUGGGCGCAGCCAGCAGAUUCUAGGGCACUCUGCCUGUAGGUCCAGGACAGGCAGUGGAGCUGGGGCUGGUGCGGGAGCUGACUGGGGGCAUCAGAAGCACACGAGCAAGGCCGAGAGCAAAGGAAGCACAAACAGUUUUGUAAACACACCCUCGGCAUCUUCCUCGGGAUACAUCACCUUUCACUCUGAUUCUGUAGGCUCCACCACCUAAAGGCAAAGUUUUCCCUUGUUAAUGUCAACAUUAUUACUAAAGUUAUUACCAUAAUGACAACCACUUGGAUAUUGGUGGUUAUGGAUAUUGGUUAGUGACAUACCUGAUUAUUUGGCCUUUUUACUUGCGCCACUACUCUGUUUUACUAUAUAUACCACCAUUAUGCUAAAUGGCCUUGGGAGUUUUGGACAUAUUUUCUGAAUGGGCCUAAUGUUGAUUUAGUAUGUAGGCUGGUGAAAAGGUUCAGUGGUCCUAUUAUUCAGCUUUCACAUCACAAAAUAUCCACCGAGGACACUUUUUGUUUCCAGCACUGACACGAAUAAACUGUUUUUAAAUGGCGUGACCAUUUCCACAUCUUGUUUUUGCUGUUUGAUGUUGUUUCUUAUGAAAUGCUCACGAAAUUGGGGGAUUGGUAGUUGUUAGGGUUGUGUUUUACACUUUCUUUUUUGUUUUUUGUUUUUGCACUUAGAACUGAAACUCACAUUGUAUUUUAUUUGGCCUGUAACGGUUUUGUGUUUUGUUGUAUGGACACAUUUGCUUUUAAACCAAACUUUCCCGAAUACCGCCCAUUUACCUUUGAUUGACUUAAGAGUAUGCUACAUUAUACAUAUUUAUUUUGUUUUGAUCACGAUGUACAACUAUUAACAUUAUUAUUCACAACACAUGAUUUUUUAAAGCACCCUAUAUUGACGUAAACUGAGAGUGGUAAUCCCAAACUCUUUAAUGCCUAAUAGUUUUACAGCUUACUGUGAGAGUUAUUGAAAUACAACAUGAAGACCCCAAAAUUCUUACUGAAAAUAAAGUCAGUUUUUAAAGAAGAUUGACAUGUCAUGUAUAUAUGAUGGAGAUUGGACUUAUGUUUUUGGUGUUCUUUUUUGUUUAAUGAGAACUUUGCUUAGAACAUUUCCUCCCGGUUCUUAUUAUUCCAAUGUUUAUGUUAACUUUGGAGAUCAUUAGGUGCAACAGUUGCUCACCACAUAUGCAUAUGCAUAUUUACAUAUAGGACAUCAGAACUAAUAUAGCUGGAAAUGGUGCUUUAUCCUCAUCAACUGAGCAUGUCAGCCUGAACUCAUGUCUUAUUUAUUUCAGUAAAAUGUUAAAAAAGCACCAAUAAUGAUUUUUUUAAGUAGCCAGCAAAGAGGGAACUUCAAAAACAUGUCAAAUGAUUCAAAAGUUGAUUAAUAAAAGCCUUCAGGCUGACUAGAUGUAGCAUAACUUAAAUGCUGGUGCCACAAAAAUGUUAGCAAAAAUUGGGAACAUUGUGAAUUGAUUGGAAAUGGAGUGUAACUGUAAAGUAACGACUUGGAUUAUGUUAUCAUUAUAUUUGGUAUAUUAUCUCAUAACAUAAACUGAGACUACUAAUGGUCCUAUUCUGGAGGGUUUUUGAGUGUGAAGUGUUUUUUUUAACACCUGAUUUAACUAUACCCCAUGAAUUAAUGUUAAUUAAAUGUAAACAUCCCCAAAGCCUCAGUAAGGCGUGCUGUAGGAAAAUUAAAUUUCAACCUUGUUAAUUUUGCAUAAAUAUAUAUUUGGAGACAGGAAGUGAUUACUUCACAUCAGAGGAAAGUCCAAAAUGUCAAGGACAAAAAUAGCACUAACUAAUUAUCAGUGAAAUGCCACCUAAUGCCCCAUCAUUUUGAGAAUUUCUCACCUAGCACCCUCACUCAAAACGGAUGCUGCAGUGAACUUUCCAAUGCAGCCGACUUGACAAUGCCCACUGUUAAAUUAACAAAGCACUUCUCGUGCUUAACAGUUUGUGACAAUUUGCUAACUAAAAGGAGUGAAUAGUCUUCUACUGACAUAUAGUAUAUAAUAUAAUCUAUAAUAAAAAUAGCAGGACCAACUCUGAGCUGUGACCUCUCAUGGAGAGUAACUGCUAACAUGAAUGUAUUUGCACAAAUUAGGUCUACUUUCUCAAAGAAAUAUUUAAGAGUAUAAAAACAAUAUGAAAUUUAGAAUUCCCCUUUGAUAGCCUUAUUAGUUGUGAAACUUUUUUUGCUAUUGCCAUUGAAGUAACAAAGUUGCACAUGUUUGGCAUAUAUGUUUUCACUCAUCUUCAGUCAUUUAAAUGUUAAGUUUGACUCAUUGUAGCCUAUUCAAUUGGAAAAAUUAGUUGAAAUGUAUAUUUCUUCGGAAGCAACCUAUGGCAUAGAUUUUUGCAUUUUGUUGUGUUUACAAUAUUAAAAUAUAAUUUUGUAACAUAUUCAAAGAUUUAUGACUCAAAUAUGAAUGAUGUUAAAUGUUAUGAUUUUCUUGUUCAGAUGAUGACUUUGUUAAAAAGAAAUGACUGAUUAA